CUCAGUAACUUAGCGAGCUCGCUAGCCCCCCCGGAGAAAGAGAAAAACACAAGAAAAAAAGAAGUGAAAGUAGUGAUUAAAGUAUCUGGACUGUUCGUGUUGGUGGUUACGGUGCAACAGACGGUGUGUGUCGGUGCUGCUGCCCCUCGGCUCCGUAAAGAGACCGACUCAAAGACUCAAAGUGCUCUCACUUUAUUCACACUGCUGCUCUGUGCGGUUAGCUCGCAGCUAGCUCAAGCUAACGUUUGCCAGCGAAGCGAAAGUCUCCUCUUCUCGACUUCGCCUGUGUGAGGACAUUUAGCGGGCACUGCCGGGGGGGAAAGAGAUGGAGCAUCCCCCUCCUCUCACUGGCUGCUACCAUGCACACUUUGUCGGACAUUAAUUAACAGGCUGGUUUGAUAGUAGUGCUGUUUAAAGUGAGGGGUAAACUUCCAGUUUUUUAUUGCAGCCGGCACACAGAGUUCACCGGUGCUCUCCCUCCUCCUCCUCCUCCUCCUCCUCCCUCACAACCGCAUGCAGGCAGCCCGAGGAGCAGCUCUCCUCUGGGCUGUAACAUCCUCCGGGUCCUCGGCAGUGCCAGGCUGGAGCCGGUGGUUGUCAGUGUGUCAGCUGGGAAACUUUUUGUGGGUGGAUUGGACUGGAGUACGACACAAGAGACACUGAGAAACUACUUCUCACAGUAUGGGGAAGUAGUAGAUUGUGUCAUCAUGAAGGACAAAACUACAAAUCAGUCGCGAGGCUUCGGCUUUGUCAAAUUCAAAGACCCCAAUUGUGUACGGACAGUGCUGGAGACAAAGCCACAUAAUCUUGAUGGAAGAAAUAUUGACCCGAAGCCAUGCACCCCCCGAGGAAUGCAACCUGAAAAGUCUCGAACCAAGGAGGGCUGGAAGGGCAGCAAAGCCGAUAGCAAUAAAUCAAAGAAGAUAUUUGUAGGUGGAAUCCCCCAUAACUGCGGCGAGCCUGAACUCAGGGACUAUUUCAAUAGAUUCGGAGUGGUCACAGAGGUGGUAAUGAUCUAUGAUGCGGAGAAGCAGAGGCCCCGAGGUUUUGGAUUUAUUACUUUCGAGGCCGAACAAUCAGUGGACCAGGCUGUCAACAUGCAUUUUCACGACAUCAUGGGCAAAAAAGUGGAAGUGAAGAAGGCUGAACCACGCGACAGCAAAGCUCCUGGCCAGCUUGGCCCUGGCCAGUGGGCACCCAGGGGCAUCUUGAGUGCAGCUAAUGGUUGGACAACACAGCCUGCCCAGGGCUGGCAACAGCCUUAUGGGCCACAGGGAGUGUGGGUGUCGACUACCGGCCAACCCAUAGAUCUAUUCUGUGUUGGAGCAGGCGGGUAUGGACCUCCGUUAUCGGCAGGUCGUGGAACCCCCACACAACCUCCGUCACCUUUCAACGCAUUCCUGGUCACGACCCCGGCGGGCGGCUUUGCUGCACCUCAGGGCUACCCUCAGCAGGGCUACAGCACAGCACCUCAGUUUGGUUACAGUUUCGGCACACCCCAAGCAGACCAGUAUGCUCCACAGGUUCCUCCUCCGCCCACAACUCCAGGAACUGCACCUCUGGGCUUUGCCCCCGCCACCACACCAACUCAGGACUUGAGCAAAGCUCCUACUGGGCAGCCUGACUUCCCUUAUAGCCAGUAUGGCUUGGGUAACUACCCUCAGGACCCCUCUGCCUACGGACCAACGCGUCCUUCUCACAGUUAUGGUCAGGAUGAGCAGGGAGGAUAUAGUGCAGGGUACGGGCAGGACCUGACAGCCUUCGGCCACAGCUUCGCAGACCCCAGCCAGCCGACGGCCUCGUACGGGGCCCCGACAGCACAGCCCACCGCCGCCCCCCAGCCUGCCGCCAGUGCAUUCGGCAGAGGGCAGAACCACAACGUACAGGGCUUCCACCCGUAUCGACGCUGACCGCCACCUCUGGGCAGGGCUGCUGUGUAAAGUUCAAAAAACAAAAAAACAAAAACAAACAAAAAAAAGAAGUCAGGGAAAAUGUGUGUUCUCGCUAAAAAGCAAAACUGGAGUUCUGGAUUGUUCUAUGGGAAUGUUGAAUGCACACAGUUUGUGAAACAGAAACCUUUGUGAAAGCAGGGAUUCCAGUAAAUUCAAAUGGGGUGUAAAGAAACCCAGGGUUUUUUUUUUUUUGUUGUUGUUUUUUAUUUUGCAUAACUUAAGGAACAUUCAGCCGAAAGAAGCUUUUAUCCCCCACCCCUCCACCCCAUGUUUUAUAGUAGAACUAAACUACUUUGCAAUAAUUUUGAUUGUCUGGUCAAACACUAGCACAGAGACUAUAUGUAAAGAGACUUGGAUAUAAAUAUGUAUAUUUAUGGUGGACACAAAUGAAAACAGGGUCUCAAGUUUCCUCAGCUUUAAAUUCUAGGGAAAAAAAUGUUUUUAUUUUUCAUUUGGUGAAUUUUGUUUACUUUCUGAGCCUUUAAAGUUUGUUUAAAAUGGAGAUUAUGAAUAUAUAUUAUACACAAACUGUGCAAUUUUUUAAAAAGAGAAUUUUGUACUAUAAAUGUACACUUUGCUUGUUUUUUUAUUUAAAGAUGUAGACUUCCCUCAGGUGGCUCUUUUGGGUGCAUUUUUUGCACUUACGCAAAAAGAAAAAAAAAGGACAAAUUAUUACAAAAAUAAAUGUUUUAAGGAUA